AUGCAUCUGAUCACUUUCUCGGCGGCGGUUCUCAGCAUAGGUGUGGGACUGUGUCAAGCACACAGCAACCAAGACAGUCCCGUCCACCCCUCCGUCACCGCGGACGUGGACCCGGACGUGGACGUCAACUCGACGCCCGAUCCCGUCCCCGCUGAGACGAGGACGUACUGGAUGCGCCGCGCCAUUGCUUCGUUGGAGGAAGUCGGUGGGUCGCCGUGUCCCUUUGCGGCAUUCGGGGCCGUCAUUGUCAACCACACGGUUGCGGGCGACGACGACUCGAUAGGUGAAGAAGUAUGUAUUGGAGCGAAUGGUGUCCAAGCAUUUGGAAAUCCAACAUUGCAUGGAGAAGUCGCCGCGAUAAACAACUGUACCGAGAUACUCACGGAUCCGGAGGGCAAAUACAGAUUAUCAGCAGCAGACGCGUUGAAAGCGCUCUCUGAUCUCAGCUUGUACACGACCGCUGAACCUUGUCCCAUGUGCUCCAGCGCUAUCCUGUACGGUAAUUUCAGGGAAUACAUCUACUCGACCCCGAUCCACGGAGACCACGGCUUGCUCGCGCACGGAUGGCCGCAGAUCGACCUCCCUUCCAAGGACAUCUUCAGCAAGUCCCUUGGCCGGCCUGUGCGGACGAGAAUCGUGCCGGAGGUCCUGCUCAAUGAAACCGAGGGGUUGUUCGUCUGGCAGUUCAAGGACGGCGCGUGUCCCGCCGGGUGCGUGAAGGACGAGGAGGACGGCAACAGGAAGGGUUGGUGCGUUAAGCUGUACGACGCCGAAGAGAAAGAGGAGGACGAGGAGAAGCACGUGAGGGACGAGUUGUGA